GUUCAAUCCAUUGGGUUAAAAAAAAACAGUUUUCUUUCUGUAUAAAUUUCCCAAGUCGCAAUGUGUAAUAUCUUUAAAAAUUUAUGGGAUGCUUGAAUCUGAGACAUAAGUGCAGUUAGCAUUUGUGUUUGGCUUCGCCUUAGUCUAGGUUUCCUUAGUAUCAUUUUACGGCUCCUAUCCAAGUGUAGGUCCCCAAAAAUGUAAACCAUGCGAUCAAACGCGUGUCACCUUUUUGGGAAGUGUUUAUUAUCUUUAAGGGAAUGAAAAAUUCUUCUUUUGAUCGGUACAUCUUUCUCUGGCUAUGUAGUAGCCACACAAAACAGAAUGAAAGUUUAUCAUAAUUUCUUUCGAGAGCAUAAGAGAAAAAACUAUUAGCUAAUGAUAAUUGAGAAGGGUUUGUUGGAUUUAUGUCGUACUUUGGUACCAUAGAAAUGUCCAAGAGAACAAGUUAUUGUUGUUGAUUUUGGUGGUGGUUGGGGGUUGAUUAAUGAGUAAUCUGAGUUAUGAAAUAUUUGGAGAGUUGGGUUGUUGUUAAACUUUCAUUUGCAGGUGAAAAAGUUGUAAGAAGAAUUGAAUACAACAAGGAAAAACAUACCUCCAUAUACCAGCAGGUCUGCGGAAUAGGUGUUUGAGAAAAAGUCUCAAAGAACGCUAAAGGAUUUAGUUGAUGGAAUUUCCAUAUAAUCUCUAUGGAGGUUGAAAGGUAUUUUGAUGACAAAGAUGGGAGGUCAAUCACCAAAUUUCCAGACAUAUGAGACUUAUGAAGAAGCCUACGCGCAAGGGUCCGAGGACCUCUUCGUCAACUGAUCCGCCUCCGCCGAUGGAUUAUCCUGAUGCUACGCCAUCUCCGCCUCCUGAGGACACUGAGAUACCUGCUGGUACGGAUGCGGCUAUGAUUCCUAAGGAUGCUGAGGAUUCUGGGGUUGAAGAAGUUGUUGUUGAGGACCUUCUGCCUCCUCCUCCUCAUUAUGAGCUUCAUAGGUUUCAAUUGCGUGACAAGGAUAACUUUGCUCAUUUGUCCAUAGCCGAGAUCACCAAGUAUUUUCGUCUUCAUAAGUUCAAAUCUCCUUUGUUGAUGGUCCUGGUGUUCUCACCUAGUCCUUGAUCCUGAGUUUUCCUUAUGAUGAAAAUAACCUCUUAAUCAGUGUUGGUCAGUUGGCUGCUGGUAUGCUCCUCCCUUUGUUUAGUAGAAAGGAUCCCUUAUACUACGACGUCUUGUCUUCCAGGGAUGACCCGGUAAAUAAGACUCAGGUCUGAGGAGUUAUACAAUAUACUGGAAUUUUUUGGCGUUCCCUUCGCGAAAGCUGGUACCGUAGCAAGGGUAAAACAACCCUGGAGUCCUAUGAUCCCUUUGCCGAGAGGAGAUCUAAGCGAGAGGAUUAUACCCCCGCCAACUUCAAUGCUACGUAUGCUGAUGCUAUCCAGAAUAGUAAUCUUCUUCCUUAGAGUGUUGGCCCUCGUCGUAUUCAUGUUACUGUCAGGCAAAUCCGGGAAGGCAAUAGCCUUCGUCUAUUGGAGGAGAUUGAUAAGACUGGUUUGACUGUCAUCCCUUACUCUGCCAAGCUACCUCUGCCGAAGUAUGACCGCAUUCGUCUUUACCAUGAUGAUCGUUGGGCCCGUACCCCUCUUCGUGUGGUGGGUCCCUGGGCCUAUGGUUUUACUACUGCUGAUCCUCAUGUACCCCGCAUAGAUUUCGCUAUACCCGAGAAGUAUGAUGGAUAUCAGCCUUGGGUCUUCAACCCUGCUGCUUCUCACGAGUCUGCCCCUACUGCCCCUGCUUCGUCUGCUGGCUGGUCCGGGCUCUGCUGGUAACUCUGUGGCUACCAGGACUAGGAAGAGGAAGGCUUCAGUUGACGCAGCUACACCAACACCUGCGGAGUCUUCCAAGAGGAAGGGCAAGUUGAAAACUGUGAUUGAUCUUGAAGCUUCAUAUGAGGAUCCCAAGGCUACCGAGGAGGUGCCGGAUGAUGAAGUCAUGGGGGAUAUUGAGGAUACCGGCCUCAGCCCUCAUUUGAAUGAUAUUGAGGAAGAUUUUUCCAAGGAUAUCCUCAGUCAUGUUCGUGCUGGUUCGGUGGAGGGUGAAAAUCUCCUUUCUGGUAGUGGUGCUCAGUUGAUCAACCCUGUUAGCGUUCAAGCUCCUGUUCCUGCUUCGUCUUUGAAGAUGCCUUCGUUUUGUGACCCUAGCGGAACGUUGCAUGUUGUCUCGGCUACUGCUGAAGCUGCUGUCGUAGCUUCCAAGAGCCUUCCUUCAUCUCCUUCUACUUCGCUUCAGUCUAGUGGUUCAUUUGCAAAGGUUGUUACCCCCGUGGUGAGGGUUGGUAGUUCAGAUUCUCAACCGAAGAAGAAGGUUGUGAUUUCACUAGCUAGCUUCUCCUUCAAUGCUACGCCAACAUCAUUGGGGAGCGCUCAGUUUGUUUCUACUACCCCUGCUAGCAAAGUUGUUGGACCUCUGCCUUCGUCACCAGAUUGGACUAGACUGGGUAAUCUUCCUUCUGCUGGUGAUAUGGACUUAGGCGGUGCUCAUGCUUUCCCUUCGGUUCCUAGCUCAUCCACCAUGUCGUCUCUUCGUCGUGGUGACGGCUCAGCAGUCAUGCCUCUUGUUCGUUCUCAAGUGUUUGAGGGAGUUGUUGUUGAGCCUAGCCAGGGUAAGCUGUCUGAGAACUUGAGCCUUGGUAGUUCUGAUGGUGCCAUUCUCGAAGCCGUCUUGCGGGACUCUAAGAGUCCUUUUCUGUUGGGGUUGAUCACCAUUGUCUUGGUAGUUCUUUUGAGGUGGAUUCUCAUCUGGAUGUGCUAUCUGCUCAGUAUCAUGCGGCUAAAGAGUUGUUCUUUGACCCGGAUUGCCUCCGCUCUAGUCAGAUCUUUGGUGAGAUCCGUAGGGGUAGCAUCCAGGAGAUGGAGGAUUUCAUGGACACCUACGCCGAUUUCUUCCCUCGCCUCUCAGCAUUCUCAAUCGAUGUUGGCUAUACCUUAUUUAAGGUUUAUAGAGCUAAGUGUACUCAUUUGAGUGCUCUAUUGGAACGUACCCGUCAAGAACAUGCCCUUGUUGUCUCAUAGCAACCUUCGUCUAGUAAUGCUGCUACUGCUGCUAAGAUAUCUUCGUUGGAGGACGAUCUGAGAAAUACUCAGAGAUCCCUGGAGGCUUGUUUGUUGGCUCUUGAAGAAUGCUGCCAAAGUCGCUGAGGAUGGUCGUAAAGCUGCCGACUCUGCCUUAGCUGCUGAAUCUUCCAAAGUCAUAGGUCUCCAGGAGCAACUGAUGGGUGCGAAUACCAAUAUUACCCGUCUUGAAGGCCAGAUAUCCUCGUUGGAGAUUUCUCGCCAAUUUGAUGCUGCUGCUAAGUUUAAGGCCGAGGCGCUUCAGCAAGCUAACGAUCAUCUUAGUGCUCAGAUGAUGGAGCUUCGUCAAAAGUCGGCUUCGGAUCUGGAGGUUCAAGCUUCUCAGAUGAAGGUGCAGUUCGAGCAUUCGGCCAUUGAUUAUAUCAACAAUGACUUUGCAGAGGCUGAGCUCCAAGCCGAAGGAGUUGUCUUUCCUCGUCUUCCUUAUCCUUGAUGUGAUAUGUUUCUUUUAAAUGAACUCUUUGUUGUGUUAUGCCCCCAGCUGAGGGGCCUUUGUUAUCUCCUUUCCUUGAAACAAUGCUUUGUUACGAUGUGAACCUUUGUUAUCUGCAACUUUUAAGACAUGUUAGUCGUAUUUUGGUAAUAUUAUUA